AUGGAGUCUGACUCGGCAAAUGCCCUGCGUGCGUGCCUGCAGCGACUGGCAGAUGCGGAGGAACUCCUCAGCAGUACUUGCCGUGCGGAAGAGAUCAUUGCGGGUGUGCGAGAAACUCUUCUUGACCUCUGUGACCGAUGCGGUCCCUCCAAGUCAAAGCUGGCCAACACACACCAGGUGCCCCCAGACUUCAGUGGCGAGGUCUUCUCCCAGCCUGCGCCGCCUACUCUACCCAUGCCGCCACCCCUGUGUCAACACAAGGAUCAAAAGGAAAGGCCGCAGCCCAUGAAGGCGCAGGUGCUCAUGGACCAAGUCGUUCUUGAAGCCCUCCGUGAAGAUAACAAAAGGAAAGUCAAUGCAAGGAUCGCCGAAGUGACCAGUGCCAGAGCAAAUGAUGCUGCCAAUUCAGCCUCUGCUCCAAGCAAAACUGUAUCCACCACAUCAGUUUUCAGCUUCUCGUGUGAGCCAUCUCGCCCAGAAUGUGCGUCAUCGGAGACAGAAUGGGGUUGGGUUUGGACUCCGAUAUGUUCAGAAGGACGUAUCCACCUGCCGAUCAUUAAUCCUGACAGCCAGAUCCGAUUGGCAUGGGACAUUGUGGGCCUCAUCUUCAUAUGCUACGAGACAUACGCCCUUCCGGUUUACUUGGCUUUCGACUUCCAGUUCGUGGGGGUAUUCUUUGCAAUUGCAGCCGUGCUCGACGCAUACUUCAUUCUGGACAUCUUCAUGUCGUAUCUGACUGCCAUCAGAACUCCUUCCGGCAGCUUGAUCUCGGCGCCGAAAGACAUUGCCAGGGCCUAUAGCAGGCGAUGGCUCUUUCUGGACGUGCUGGCAGGUAUUCCGUGGGAGUUGGUGAACAGCAUGGUGCCCUGGAAUAUUCGGUCUGCCCAGCUGUUCAAGAUGCUGCGGUUGGUGCGUGUAAUGCGCCUCAUACGAUUCCUCCGUGUGGACAUCUUCAACGAGAGCGUGAAAAUGUACAUUGAGACACGGCCAACCUUGACAUUUGCCAGCGGGAUUCUGCGACUGCUCUUCAUUCUGUGUGCCGUGACUCACUGGGCAGCUUGUGCCUGGUUUUGUAUCGGGAGCCGAAAGAAUAUUGGCCAGACAUGGGUGACAAAGCACUUGCCUUCGGAGUUUUCCGUUUCGGAGGGCUAUGUCUAUUCUUUGUAUUUCACGCUCACCACCAUGACAACUGUUGGCUAUGGCGAUAUCACCCCCGCAAACCUCGGCGAGAUUUGCUUCGCUCUGUUGCUCCUCCUCAUCGCAACUGUGGUGUUUGCAACAGUGAUGGGUUACCUGACAGAUAUGAUUGCCAAUGUGAACUCUGAGAGGAAUCAACAAGCUGAAAAGAUCCUCAUGCUCAGCAACUACAUGACUUGGCGAAACAUCCCGCCGCAUUUGUACAAGGCCAUACGGCGGCAUUUGCUGCACCUGUGGGAGACCAACAAGGGGUAUGAUUCGUACGAGGAUCAGUUGCAGUUUCAGCUAACACCAGUGCUUCGACGGGAGCUUCGCUUCCACAUAUUUGGCCGCGUCCUGCGCAAUGCGCCUUUCCUGGCAUUCCUGCGUGACUUUGAGGUCUGCCUCAAGCAGCUGGCAACCAAAGUAUCAAUCCGCAUGCUAUCGCGAGGUGACAAUGUGGUCCGCAUUGGGGAAGCAAACGACCAGAUUUUCAUAUUGGUACAAGGCAAAGUGCGUUUGUCUUUGAACGAAAGCCUGUGGACGAAUCCAGCUUCUGAGGAACUGAUGGACGAGAUCUGGUCGACAUAUGCGCCAAAGAAACGUCGGGCGCACGACUCAAGCACAGCUUUUUUUCUGGAAGGCCUCCACACUGCAAUGAUGCACCAGAAGCGCCAGAAGGCGCUCGAGGCUGCUGUGAACCAGAGCUCCUAUGCCAGUGCUUUCCAGAACGUGGAUGCGACUCACACCCUUUUCGCCACAAAGACAUUCAUCAGGGCCGAGGAGCAACUGCUGGUUCAGGAUUGUCGUCAACGCCGGGCUGCGCGCUUCAUCCAGACCCGCUGGCGGCAGAAGCUGAAGGCGAGAAGGGCCAGGCUAACCUCGCAACCAAUUGUGUGCAGCAUGAGCAUCGAGGCACCUGCCUAUUUUGGAGAAUCUUGCCUCUGGGAUGCCGUAGAGAAGUGGGACGAUGAACCUCCGCAGUGCAUGUACAGUGUGCGGUGCGAGAUGCGAUCAGAAGUGAUGUGUCUUCUUCGGGCAGACAUUGGUGCCUUGAUCAAGGAGUUCUCCCCUUGGAUGGGGGAGAGGUUCGAAGUCUUCCGUGAGGAGGUCGUCCAGAAUCUCGCGGAGGCAGCAAAGGUACGCAUGCGACAAAGCCCGUCGGCGUCAAAGCUGUCAGAGUUGGAUCAGGACCUGACCAGUGCAUCCACAGCAUCCUCAUCAAAGGAUGAGCCCGCUGACGAGAGGAGCUCACAGGAGCAAGGAAGCUUUGCAGGCUUGUCUAGUUGGACGCGGUUGCGAAAGGAGACAUCCAACCAGUCGCUGAGCACAUUGUCAUCGGACAGGGUGCAAUGCGACGGAGAGCUGCCUGCAACUCUGUUGUUCUCCCGCCAGAGGCAACAAGGCUCCAGUUUUCUUCGGCAGCCGCUGCUCCACGAUCUCGUAUAA